AUGCCUCUUUUCCAAACCACGAUCGCUAGCCUCAUUUUUUUUUCCUACUUUCGCACUCUCCUUCUGACCAUGUCGAGCUGCACCCCUUCCAACCAAAACUUGGCUGGUAAUUCGUCUCCUCAGCUGAUUGCCCGAAAACCUAUCCUAUCUCUUGUCAAUUUUUUUCACUACCAUUGCUAUUGUUUCUGCCGCUCCGUAGCGGGUCUUGCAAACAAAUUCUUGCGAAACUUUAUAGCAAAUCCUAUUGAGAACCUCAUUUCUCCUUCCCUCUAAUCCACCAAUUGAAGCUACGUCCCUUGAAUAAAAGCCACCCGUAUUGGGGGAGUUUCACUGUUUUACUAUGAGAAGAACACACUCCAAACCCGCCCGUUCUCGUUCCUCCCUUCACCAAUAAUCCGUGCCUUCACCAAUGUGAUUCGAUUUUGUUUCCUUUCGCCUGAGCUUACCGACCCCGCAAGCGUCUGUGCACCCCUGCUUCGCGUGAUCUACUUUGCUUCGCUUCCACUCCGCACCUCAUUUGCUUUAUCUUUGGCUCAUUAUUACGGUGUUCCACCGGAAAGCUCAUAAAGGCGCGGACGGAUGACGUCUAAAAUAUUGGCAUUCGAGCGAGAAACAGUGGGAAGCACACAUGGUAGUCAUCAAGAGUCCAAAGCUGUGUUGCCGCGCUCGGUUUGUGUGGAUAACAUCCGGCGCCGUCCG